AUGGCGCUGCGUGCGGGAUUCGCCAUGUUCAUAGGUAUGGUCAUGGGCAUGUUCUUCACCUAUUCCACGACAACACAAUGGGAAGAAUCGUCCUCCGCGCGGCAGAAGGUUGCGGCUUGGCAGCAAAGCUAUGCCCCCAGCAGAUAUCCAGGAGCGAUCUUGAAUUAUUCAUAUGCAAACUGUGAUGCACAAGCAACAUUUCCACCAUUGGACAGAGCUUCUUUUUACGAAUAUUGGCUGUCUCAGCUACUUGCCCAAAUGCGGGCGACACGUGGUGAGAGCUACCUACUUGAUGCUGGCGAAAUAGGUGCCCUGCAUGAGAAAGCUCCAAUUCCUGAAAGGCUUGUACGGAACAGGACUUUUAUCGACGGGCUGAGCUUCAACGACCUUCGCAAAAUGUACCCUGAAUUGGAGGCGCAAAACCUGCAGAUUCCCGACAUCGUGGACAGGGCUGAAACACUUGCCAAAGUUCCUUCAGAGUCCUUUGAUUUCUUUGUUGCUACUCAUGUGAUUGAACACACCUACGAUGCGCUUGAAACACUGAAGAAUUGGUUGCGAGUGGUGCGGCCGGGAGGUUUCCUAUUCAUGGCGAUCCCAUCCAUGUGCCAUACUUUUGAUCGAUUGCGCAUGCUGACGACAUGGGAGCACUUUGCAGCGGAGUAUCAAAACAAGGAUGCAGCGAUGGCCAACAAAUACGAACAUUUUCGGGAAUUUGCGCUUUCUGACUGGUCUUCAAGGAGCCCAGGUGCACCAGAUGCAGGGCGUGUGGAGAGCGUGGCAAAGAAGUUCUUUGACAGGGAUUACUUCAUCCACUACCACACGUGGGUCCCCAACACAGCCUUGCAGUUUGUGCAAAACGCUCGGUCGUGCUUGGGUAUGCCCCUGCGGGUGAUCCAUUUCAAUUGGGAUGCUGGCCAGAUUUGGAUGAUUUUGCACACAGAUCGCAGGGACGACCUGACCUCGGCCGAGCUGCAGUUGGCGAAGCGAUGCCACGGCGCGCACAUCGAGACGCUCUCGCAGGAGGUCACGGCCGUGGGGUCGCAUUACCUGCUGAUCCACUACGACGUGCCCUACCUGAACGCCGAGACAUUCCGGCUGAAAGUGAGCGGCCUGGUGGAGAAGGAGCUGUCCCUGUCCAUGGCCGAAAUACGCAGCCGACCUAGCACCACCCAGGCCGUCCUGAUGGCCUGCGCAGGAACCGGGCGCAUGUCGCAGAAGCACCGCUUUUGGACCCACGUGCCCUGGGGAGUCGACUCCUUCGGCUGUGCGGAAUGGACAGGCUGCAGCCUUGCUGACCUCUUGAGAGAAGCUGGUCUGAAGCCCGGUGCGAAGCAGGUCAUCUUCACUGGUGCGGACAAGGGUGUGGAGGCUGGCAAGGUGCAGUACUUCCAGCGCUCCCUUUCUGUUGAGGAUGCCCUCCUGGGCCACGUGAUGCUGGUUUACGGAAUGAACGGCGAAGACCUCAAGCCGGCGCAUGGCGCGCCCUUGCGCAUCAUUGUACCGGGCUGGUACGGCAUGGCCUCCGUGAAGUGGCUGACGAGCAUUGAGAUCACCGAGGGCGGCUGGUGGGGCCAUCAAAUGGAGGCCUACUCUUUUCGGCGCGCGGCCGACGAUCCGGGGCGGGUGCCCCUCACGCAGCUGCCCGUGCGGGCGCUAAUGGCCCCACCAGGAGUGGUGGCCCCUGGCGUCCACCGCGUCGUUGGAAAGGUCUGGGCCGGUGCUGUGGAGAUUGACCGUGUGGAGUUCUCAGCUGACCACGGGAAAACAUGGGCCACGGCCACCUUGGAGAGGAAAACCGGCCUAUUUGGUUGGGCGACUUGGUACUACGACUGGCAGACUCCUUCGGAGGGCUCCUGCGUGUUGAAGUGCCGGGGCUUUGAUGCCAAGGGGCGGAGCCAGGACGAGCCUGGCGAUGACGAGUUCAACUGGACAGGGAUGGGGGACACGCAGCCCCAGAUGGUGUAUGUGAGGGUGGAUCCCGGCGUCAGCACAUGCGGCUCUCAGUCGCUCAGCAACCCUUUUUGGUGGGAAGUUCGAGGGGGAGUCGGGGUGUAG